AUGAAGAUUCUGGAUCUAUUAAAAGUACUACCGAUUGUUGCAACUGGGACCGCCCAGGCUGAAAACGGAACGAAUUGGAGAUCGAACUCUUCAAAUACGAGCAAUAGCAUUGGUGCAACAGAUCCUCAGUAUGAAAAUGCAAGCAAUUUUUGCACUAUCGAUAAAGAUGAGCUUGUGAGUCCAACUUGUGAUGUAACAUUCCAGGAGAUUAACGAUAUAAAUAAUGAUAUAAGGGAAAGCUUAGUUUCGCUAGCGAGGACGGAUUUUUUCAAAUACUUCAAAUUGGACCUGUAUAAACCAUGCACUUUUUGGAGCGAUAAUAAUAGAUUUUGCGUUAAUAGGGCUUGUGCGGUUGAUGUUGUUGAAGAUUGGGAUAGUUUGCCAGAUUACUGGCAACCAGAAGUAUUGGGCAAAUUGGAUGACGUGGAAGAUACUGAGGGCAACAAAAAAGGUGAGGAUGAAUGUAGAUUUUUAGAUGAACUAUGUGUCGGUAAUGACAACCAGAAACAGUUUACUGCCCCUGAUGUGAAUUAUUGCGAUAUUGGCGACUUCAGCAAUUCUGAAGCUGUAUUAGUUGAUCUAUCGGCCAAUCCAGAGAGGUUCACGGGAUACGGUGGUGAAGAAUCCGCUCAAAUAUGGUCAAGUAUUUAUAAAGAAAACUGUUUCUCAGAGGGUGAGAGUGGCCAAUCGUUAGCAAAGAAUGCAUUUUACAGGCUGGUCUCUGGAUUUCACGCAUCUAUUGCCACUCAUUUAUCAAAUGAACACUUGAAUACAGAGACAGGCAAAUGGGAGCCAAACUUGGAUCUAUUCAUGGCAAGAGUUGGAAAUUUCCCGGAAAGAGUUUCAAAUCUAUAUUUCAACUAUGCCAUUGUGUCAAAAGCAUUGUGGAAAAUCAAACCAUAUUUAGACCAUUUGACCUUUUGCAGCUCCUAUAACGAAGAUGUCAAAAGUAUGAUUAUGAAUAUCAUAUCCAGAUUGGAUAGCAAAAUUUUCAAUGAGGAUUUGAUAUUUGAAAAUGAAUUGAGCUCAAAGGUCAAGGAUGAUUUCAGAGCGCGCUUCAAAAAUGUGACCCAAAUAAUGGACUGUGUUCAUUGUGAUAGAUGCAGGUUAUGGGGUAAAGUGCAGACUACUGGAUAUGCUACAAGUUUGAAGAUAUUAUUUGAGCUUGAUGAACGUGACGAGAAGUCAAAGCAAAGUAUUGUGGACAAACUGACCAAAUACGAACUAAUCGCACUGAUCAAUACGUUUGAUAGAAUAUCAAAAUCUAUUGAGUCCGUUAACAAUUUUGAGAAGCUUUAUAAUACAAGGUUAGCAGGUGGUAAACUUGCCUACUUUUUCCAAAAUAAUAAUUUCUUCAAGUUAUUAGGUAAAGCACAAAAAAGCUGGACUGAAUCGGUAAUGAUGCUCAAUAGCAGUAAAGGCGAGGAAGAAGUAGUGCUCGAUUCGGGAGAGCCUUUAGAGGAGGAUAACGUUCCCUUUUUCGAGGAUCUGAACAUGCCGAAGAAAAAUAGUUCAACUGAGGGUUCACAGAACAAAUGGGUUAGAGCAUGGCAUACUGAAUUCCACAACUUUUCCGAAGCCUUGAGAUUCAUUUAUAGAAGUUAUGUUGACUUGCCAAGAAAUAUUUGGAGAAUAUCGCUGAAUACCAUGAACAAGUUGUGGAAUAGAUUUAUUGGUGUGACAUAUUUGAACGAAGAAGAGGAGGAACCAAUUGAGUAUAAACUAGAUAUUAUAUAA